GUGGAGACCAAAGGCUGGUGGGAUUUCUGUGGUUGGGGGUGAGGCCACUGUAGGUCCUCGAUAGCUGCCAGGUUUUGGGCAGGGCGGUGCUGGCAGUGGGCUCCUGCCUGCAGGAUUGGCCCCUCCAGAUGUGCUGCCACACGCUGCCUGAUUUCAGCCACACUUGGUCCCUUCGUGGCCAUGGGGGCUUUAGCUGGAAAAAAGCAAAGGAAUUGGGGAAGAGGAGUCUCGCCAUUGCCUCAGCAGAGCCGGGGCUGUGCCGGGUGACACUGGGGUGCACAGGAAGCCCUCCUGGCAGGUGGAGGGUGAGAUGCACCUCAUCCCUUGGGGUGAACGGUGCUGGUGUGGGGGAGCCGGGGCUGAUUCUCCUCUUGCCUUUCCCUCAGGAAGAAGAGACGAAGCGGCUGCUGGAGCCGGCAGCCAGCCCUCCCAGCAAGGUGCUGAAUGGAGCGGAGCAGAGCUACCACAACCUGCCCUCGGCACGCACCGACGAGCAGGCCAUGUUGUCCUCCAUCCUCGCCAAAACGGCCAUCAACAUCAUCGAUGUGUCGGCAGCGGAUUCCCAGGGCAUGGAGCAGCAUGAGUACAUGGACAGAGCUAGGCAGUACAGCACACGCCUGGCCAUGCUCAGCAACAACCUGACGCACUGGAAGAAGCUCCCGCUGCUGCCGUCUCUGACUAACCAACCGCACCAAGUGCUCGCCAGCGACCCCGUCCCCUUUGCAGACCUGCAGCAGGUGUCCCGGAUAGCCGCCUACGCCUUCAGCGCGCUCUCACAGAUCCGCGUCGACGCCAAAGAAGAACUGGUUGUACAGUUUGGCAUCCCCUGAGCCUGCCUCCAGCACUGCCGCUUCACCGCUUUGGGUUGUUUUGGGGUUUCUUUCCCAUUUUUUUCUCUUUGUUUCCCUUCCCUCCCCAUGGUGCUGCCACGGAACUUGGACAGAUGCCCUGUUUCCUACCAAAUGCCAAGACGCCCAUCACCGGCACGUCGAGCCCACCUGCAUUGCUCGAGGCUUUCUCCUCCUCGUGGGUGGGUGUGUGUGGGGAGGGGGCCGUGUCACCUGGACGCUGCCUUGCACAGGGAUGAGCACAAAGGGAACAACUGGCACAAGGAGGCCCCGGUGUGGGUCAGCACUGUGUGCCACGUCACCAGGACAGGUGGGCUGGAGCCAGGUGGAUGUGAUGCUCUGCGUGGGGCCUGGUGGCUCUGACAACCCUCUCUGCUCAUUUUUACAUGUUUAGACCUUUAUUUUGGGUUGUUUUGUUGUUUGUUUGUUUGUUUUGUUGUUUUUCUUUUUGUUUUUCUUUUUUUUUUUUUUCCUAAUUAUUGUUUUUGGCCACAGUAGAUAAAACCAUGUUCAUCCAGU